GUUCUCUGCUACAGACAGUAAUAUGAAGGACCCCCAAUUACCAGGUUACAAAUUCCAGAAGACAAGUCCAAGGCAAUAUGAGGAUAAAAAAAGUAAAAACCAAACUCUGAUCAAACCUACCAGACCUCCACUGCUGGGAUCCAGAGCACCAGCUAUAACAGCAGAGCAACAAAUGAAGCAAACAGCAUUUGAGAGGGUUGUGUAUGACAUGUCACACAAUGAAACAGUCAUCACCAACAUUAUUCUGGGCAAAAGGAUAGGCUUCUACGAGCUCAGAGGGGAAAUCGGCGCUGGCAAUUUCUCACAUGUCAGACUUGGUGUUCAUGGCUUAACGAAAGAGCAUGUGGCAGUCAAGAUUCUCAAUAAAAAGCGCUUUGACAAGAAGACACAAGUGUUAUUUGCUUCCGAAAUCUCUUGUUUGCAAAGACUGUACCAUCCAAACAUUGUGCGUCUUUACGAGGUGGUAGAAACAAGUAAGCACCUGUACUUGUUUAUGGAGUAUGGCAGUGGAGGAGACCUCUUUUCACGCAUCACAAGAGGACGCCUGUCGGACUUUGAGAGCAAGCUCAUCUUUGCACAGAUCAUUUCUGCUGUAAAAUACAUGCACGAGAGCAAUAUAGUUCAUCGUGACCUAAAGGCUGAAAACAUUUUCUACACUACCAGCUACUGCAUCAAGAUAGGGGAUUUUGGCUUCAGCACUGUAAGUGGCCCAAGUGAAAAACUGACCACGUUCUGUGGCUCUCCUCCUUAUGCAGCACCAGAGUUGUUUAAGGAUAAAGGCUAUGUGGGCUGUUACGUAGACAUCUGGGCACUGGGUGUUUUGUUGUACUUCAUGGUGACUGCUACCAUGCCAUUCAAUGCUGAAAACCUGGGCCGUCUAAAGCGCUGCAUCUUGCAGGGUGCAUACACCAUUCCGCAGUACGUGCCUGAGCCCUGCCGGCAGAUCAUUAAAGGCAUGCUAAGGCCUGUUCCUUCAGAUCGCAGCAGCAUUUCCCAGAUCAUGACCUGUUCCUGGAUGCGUGGCAUUAACUACCCAAAGCCUUUUCCUUGCCUAAGCCUGACACCCAGUCAUUUAGCAGAGCCCUCCCAGGAUCUCUGUGCAGAAGAGGAGGAAGCCAAGUCAGCACUGAAGGACCUGGGAAUUAGCAGCAUGCACCUGCAGAAUAACACCUGCAUAGACUUGUGCAGUCCCAUUACAGGAACAUAUCGCAUUUUGCUUCAUGGCAUUCAGAAAAGGAGAUCGGUAGAGGCUGUGGGAUAUUCAGCACUGUACCCUGAUGAUUUAUGUGACAGGAAGCAAUGGAGCAGUAAAUAUGACCCAUCCACUGUUUGUAUUGUGCUGUAAACAAUCAUUGAACCAGAAAGAAGAUUACUGUAUUGCACAACGGAGAAAAAUGGGUAUUGUAUUGAACUCCAAA